CCUGGCCUGAGAUCGAUCGAGACCAUGCAUCUUCAUUCCUCUGCUUCUUCUUCUUCUUCCUUCUAUAAAACGCGGCACGAGCUAGCGUGUGUCCGCCACACUACAUACUGCCGCUGCGGACUAGCUACCUACCCAAUAAGCUAGCUAGCUAGCUAGUCUUUGACGAUCACUAGCUACAUCCCUCCUCCUCCUCCGCGGAUGGCCAUGAACAUGGACGGCAACGUUAGCCGCAAGCUGGACGCGGAGAACCCGCGUGCCCUCGUCUCGUGCGGCGUGGACGACGACGACGACCUGUCGCAGCGCGCCAACUGGCUGCGCGCCGCCGUGCUGGGCGCCAACGACGGCCUGGUGUCCACGGCGUCGCUGAUGCUGGGCGUGGGCGCCGUCAAGGCGGACGCGCGCGCCAUGGUCAUCUCGGGGUUCGCGGGCCUCCUGGCGGGCGCCUGCAGCAUGGCCAUCGGCGAGUUCGUGUCCGUGUGCUCCCAGCGCGACGUCGAGCUGGCGCAGCUCCACCGCGACGACGAGGAGAAGGCGCUCCCCAGCCCCGUGCAGGCCGCCGCCGCGUCCGCGCUCGCCUUCUCCGUCGGCGCGCUCGUGCCGCUGCUGGCCGCGGGCUUCAUCCGCGACUACAGGCUGCGGAUCGCCGUCGUCAUCGCGCUCGCCACCGCCACGCUGGCCGCCUUCGGCUGCGUCGGCGCCGUGCUGGGGCGCGCCCCCGUGGCGAGGUCGUGCGCGCGGGUCGUGCUCGGCGGCUGGGCCGCCAUGGGAGUCACCUUCGGGCUCAUGAGGCUCUUCAAAGCCACCGGCAUAUAAUUCCUUGAUGAUCGUCCUUUCCAACACGCUUCGUUACGUUCUGGCGUGUGCGCCUGCCUGCCUGCCUGCCUGCUACUUGCUGAUCGGCCGGUCGGUCGGUCGGUCGGUCUGUCUGGCUAGCAGCUAGCUCAUAUAUACUUGUUCUGAUCUUGGUGUUGUUGCUUGCUUCCUACGUGCAUCUAUUCCUAACCAUCAUCAUAUCCCAUGAGAGUAGCUAGCUGCUGUAUCACAGCGAUAGACGACGAUGAUCUUGUUGCAUUAUCUAUAUAUACACCUGUAAUCCUGCAGGCCUCAUAUCAUAUGUAUAGCCGGCCACCUGCAUGCUGCUGCUCUCAUCUCUGCUGCUGCUGCUGCUGCUGAAUUUUAUAGAUCGAUAGGUUUACCAGCAUGCAUUCAUGCAACGCUAAUGUAAUAUACUGGCCUGGGUGAGCUCCAAGCAAGAGUAGUCUAAGACGCGACUAUAUAUGGAAUAAUGCAUGUGUAAACACACUAGCUACUAGCUAUACUGCCUAUCCAUCUCUGUAUCUUUCAAGUGUACUGAUUAAUUAAUCAAUUUCUCACUUCAUAUAUCAUGUAAAGAUA